GACUCUGGGCAUGUGCAGAGCGAGCGGUGCCGCCCGCCGCGCCCCGCCGCUCCGCUGCCGGCAGGUAAAGCCGCCGCUCGGGGCGCGAUGGAAGGCUCCGAGGAGGAGAAAAAGCAGCUGGAGCGCCUCGCCGGCUUGAAAGAGAGAGCUAUUGGCGAAUAUGAAGAGCUUAAAGCAGAAAAUAAGAAAGCGAAAGAAGAGUGUGACAAAAUCAAGCAAGAACGAGAUGAGGCUGUCAAAAAACUGGAGGAGUUUCAGAAAAUAUCUCACAUGGUUAUUGAGGAAGUGAACUGUAUUCAGAACCAUCUUGAAAUUGAGAAGACGUGCCGUGAAAGUGCUGAGGCUUUGGCUUCUAAGCUGAACAAAGAAAACAAGACCUUGAAAAGAAUUAGUAUGCUUUACAUGGCAAAACUGGGCCCAGAAAUUAUCACUGAAGAGAUCAACAUUGAUGAAGACGACUCAUCCACAGAUACGGAAGCUAACUCUGGAUCAUGCAGUUCUGUGCAUUGCCAGCAGCAAAUAAAAGAGCUGAGAGAUCAAAUCAUAUCUGUUCAUGAGGAAAAGAAGACCUUGGCCAUUGAACUGGAAAACCUGAGGUGCAAACUUGUAGAAGUAAUUGAAGAAGUGAAUAAAGUGAAAGAAGAAAAGGCUGCUUUGACAGCCGAAGUUAAUAAGCAGCAAAAACUGUUGGAGAAAUGUAACAGAGUGUCUGUGCUGGCAGUGGAGGAAUAUGAAGAGCUUCAUGUAAACUUUGAACUGGAAAAGAACCUGCGUAAGAAAGCAGAGUCGUUUGCACAAGAGAUGUUUAUUGAACAGAACAAGAUGAAAAGGCAAAGUCAGUUGCUUCUGCAAAAUUCUGCUCCUGACCAACAGCUUUUGAAGGCUUUGGAUGACAAUGCUAAGCUAACCCAUACCUUAGAAGAAGAGAGGCUUCAGCACCAACAAAAGAUCAAGGAAUUGGAAGAACAGCUAGAGAAUCAAGCACUGCAUAAGGAGAUCAACCGUCUUAAACAGCAGCUGGAACUUUUGGAAGAAGAUAAAAAGGAACUAGAGCUGAAAUGUCAGAACUCGGAAGAAAAAGCUAGAGACCUAAAGCAUUCAGUUGAUGAACUCCAGAAAAGAAUACAGCAGUCUGAAAAUCCUGUGCCCCCACCGCCGCCGCCGCCCCCUCCUCCUCUUCCUCCUCCUCCUCCUCCAAACCCCAUACGGUCUCUCAUGUCAAUGAUUCGCAAGAGAUCGCACUCCAACACCAACGUGAGCAAGAAGGAGAAACCUCCUCAGCAGGAGUCAGGUGAGGAAGUUACGGAUCUGAAGAGACAAGCUGUUGAAGAAAUGAUGGACAGAAUUAAAAAGGGAGUUCAUCUGAGACCAGUCAACCAGUCAAGCAGACCUAAAACAAAGCCAGAAACACCAAAGCCUUCUGAAAGUGCAAUGAAAGAAUUAAAAGGGAUUCUGGAAACAUUGAACAAAUCCACUAGUUCCCGAAGCUUAAAGUCCCUUGAAACGGACAGCAGUGAAACAGAGCUGGAACGAGUCCUGAGGCGCCGGAAAGUGACCACUGACCAGGACAGUGGCAGUCCCACUGGAGUCUUGGCUACAUCAGAAUCAAAAUCUCUGCCUGUGCUAGGUUCGGGAGCCAGUGCCGCACAAACAGCGCUGAACAAGAAAGACCUGGAGACAGAAUUCAGUUCCAAAGUACCCGACUCACGCCCUGUCUCUAACGAGCAUACAGGUGUUGAGGGCUCCAAGGCUACGCUACAAUCAUCUAGUCAUAGAGAACUUACAAGGAAAGCUUCUAGAAGUGAAAAAGAGACAGAAUCCGUUGUAGUUUUAGAUCCUGUUUCCACCGGUGGGGAUCAGACGUCUGCAAACACCCUGAAUCAGAACAGGAUGAAAGAAGAAAACAGCAAGCUGCUGCAUAAAGAAACUAAUUCUGAGAAAAUAAAAGAAACAGACAGUUCUAACUGUUAAUUGUUGUUCUGAAAUGCUGGAACUUUUGGGAGUCGUUAUCUGGACAUGUAAAUUGCUUAGGUGUGUUACUAGGGGCCAUGGUCUGUACUUCAAACCCUUUUCAAUAACAGAUGGAAAUGGUCUUUUGUAUGCGGUUUUGUUACAUGCAUUAAAGUGUUAAAUGACUAUGGAUUACUCAGAAUCCCUUUCCCAUUUUAAUCUGGCAAACACGGUUAAUAUUUUCUUAAAUAUCGUCAGUUACCUUUUCUUUAAAAUUGUAAUUGAAAGGGCUUUUUAAAUUAUUCUUUUGUUGGAAAGAUACCUUGUUAAAGGUCCACUCUAAAGCUUGUCAGAAGCCCCUUGCAUCCCUCUUGAUUUGCACAGGUUUGGGUUGGAGCCUAUGGAGGCGAUUACGGCUUUAGUAUCAGGGGUAUUACUAAUACUUAAAAAAUCAGGGUUUAGACACAUUGCUUUAAAAAUAUUUUGCUAUCUACUUAAACCAAGACCUAGUAGGUUUCCUUACCGCUGUCUCCGCACACGCUCUUUUGAGGAAAUGAAAAGCACAAGCACAACACUUCUGGUUUGGAUUCCCCAGUGGACAGCGAGCCCAGAGACAGAAAAGCAGAGGCAGUGCAGCGUGGCGUUUGGGUACAGAGACUUUUGGUAACAGCAGCCAAAGUCAGAAGGCUGUGGAGUGCGGCUGGUGCUCUCAUUUGGAUAUAAGCUCCUCAAGGCAGGAGCACUCCCAGCUGAAGCCUCGCAGAACUAACAAAUAUGCCUUUGCUUUCAACCUGGUACACUGGUGACGUUGAUUUCUGUAUUAGGUAACACUUUAUGUGUGUGUAUAUCCGAUGAGACAAAUCCCAGUUUCCCUCAGCCCUUCUUUCCAGUGAAGACAGUGAGAUAAGUACAGAACUGAUUUUCUUCACUGCCAACUCACAUUCCAUUGUAGUUCCUUUUUAAAUUCAGCACAGUAUCUCGUUACCUUAUAAUGAACGAACAAAUAUAAUCAGGGAUUUACGUAAAGGUGGCUGUAGCUGAAAUUGGGGUGGUCAAGUACUUGAAUGCACCGGGUUCGGUUUUAUUUAAUGAUCAGAAACAGUGAUCGUUUUGAAGGAUGAAUGUUCUGAGUUUCUCGGUUUGGCUCUGCAUGCAACUGUCUGGUGCUUUUCCUACAAAUAAAAUGAUAGUAAUGAGUGUGGUAAUUUCACAUCUUUUUUGGUGUUUUUUGCAUGUUUGCUAAGAAAGUCUUGAACUCAAUCUCAAUCCUGAACUACGUAUAAUUCCUAAGCUCGGGGAAAUUUGUCUCCAGUUGAUCUCUUCGCUUCUCGGGGGUGGUUGGUUCUGGUAGUUAAUUUUUCACUUAGGUAUCUGUUACACUGAGUUUAAAAUGCAACAUUUUAUAUGUGUAUUUUUUCCUCCAAUUAUUGCUGCUGUCUUACAUGUUCAAAUUUUCAAAUGACACAAGGCCCAGAAGUUUGGUUUUUUUA